AAAGAAAUAAUGUCUGCCGGAUUUUAUGUUUUAUCUUGAGGUAAAAACGGUAAAAUUCAUUUGCUUUGUAUAUUUACGAUAAUAAAUUGAGUACUUCGUCCAGGUAUCUCAAGUUGUAUUCUCACAUUGACAUCCCUCUAUGUAUGAACGUUCGAUGACCCAGCGAAUAGGUGUAUGCGACACAGUGUGAAAAUAAUACCUACAUGUCAAAAUCCGUUAAGAUUUAUUACGGUUAAUCUUCGUUUACACAUAUUACAGUGUUGUGUCGUUACGCACGAGAUUCCGACGAACUAUGCAAGACUUUCCGUACGUGUUGUCAGAGUAUGAGGAAAUAAAUUCUCUUCUUUACAAACCUAUCAAUUCCACCCAACGAAUCAAGUACACAUGCUUCAAUGUAUCGCCCAACUACAUCAUCCUAGGCUCGACCAGUGGCAGCGUCUAUCUGUUCUCGAGAAAGCCAUGUUCAUUUCUACAACUAAUACCAUUAUCGGAGGGAGCAGUCUCUCGAGUUCUGAUAUCACCUGAUGAAAAAAUAAUUGCAUUGUCAACUAUACGUGGAGCUGUUUGUCUAAUAUCUUUGAAGCCUACAUCAAAAUUAAUAGCUAUAUCCUCAGAGCAUAUAAAUGAGCAGAUUAAUUGCCUCUGUUGGAAUGAUACUAGCUCUGAAGUGUAUAUUGGGGAUUGGAAUGGUAAAAUUUCAGUCAUGGUAUUGCCAACUUUUAAGGUCAAUGGCAUGUUUCAAACAUCGUCUUGUACCUUAAUGGAUCUUGAUUCAGCCAUUGUGCAACUAAGUUUCUCUUCAUCUUUGUUACUUGCAUCAACCUUAACACGUUGUUACAUCUGUGACACUGUACAGGAACACUAUAAACUGGUGGGGAACAAGGCUCGCUAUGGAGAAUUCGGUGCCUGUUUUUACAAGACGUAUCAUUCAGAGGGUAACAGUACUCCAGUUGCCCAAAAAGAAGAGAAGCUAGUCAAUAGAAAGCAUUUCAACUUCAACCUCAUUCCCGAGGGAAACAGUAAUGUACAGGAGGAGAACUUUCCACAGAUAUUUUGCGCUCGGCCAGGGUUCAGGCUGUGGGAAGUGUCUGCAAACGGAGUGGUAAUGAAGACUCAUCAGUUCAAAGAGGCAUUAGCUGUUCCACCUGUAACAAUAUGUAAACUGAAUCUCAAAAAAUCUACGUGCCAGAAGCAAAUGGAGCAGACUUGGAUACCGCAAUCCGCCAACUUCUCACGUUUGUUUGUUAUCGCUAAAAAAUAUUUAUUUUCGUAUACUUCCAGAGGCCUAUAUGUACUCGACCCAGUGACUGCAACUGUGGUACUGUGGAACAACGAAUUUUCGAAUAUAACUAUGGCAGAUACUGUAGAAAAUAGGAUAUAUUUGAUGACAACUGAUGGAGAAUUUCAUUGUUUGACUUUGUCUUUCUUAGACUCUUUAAUAUUGCGAUUGUACAAUAGGAAAAAGUAUUAUGAAUGCUUAGAAAUAUGUCUAAUGCACAAAGUACAACUGAGGAAGUUAAUAAACAGCCUAGAGAUCGGCAAAGUGUGCGACGUGGAGAAUAAAUUUCAGAUACUUAGGGACGACGAAUUGUCAACGUUGUUACAUCCUUUGACGAAUCUUUUAGAAUCGAAUUCCAAAGCUAGUCCCAAGAAAUUAGAUUCAGGUAUUGUUGUAGUCAAUUCCGGGAACUCUGUUUUAAACGAAGAGGAAACUUUCAGGCUCAAGUCUGCAUCUCAUUGCACCAAGAAGAACCGAGAAUCUGAAUUAAAAGAGGAGACUGAUAAGAUUAACAAAAGUGAAGACACCAAUUGUAAUACAGCGCAUGAAGAAGAAAACAAUGUUGAAAAGGUAUCAGAGGAGUCAAAAGAGGAGCUAGACCCCAACAGAAGCGCGAUGCAGAAAAUACAAGCAGAUUUGGAAGUUGUGUACGCAUUAAUUGGAAAUAUUAGACACUCUAUGAGCGAGGGGGAAUUAGAAAGCAUAAUAUUAGAUGUUGAUUGGAGAAUGAACGUUAUCAAAGACUUUUACAAGAGUCUAACUGACCUAAAGAGUUUCCUGUACGAAAUAUUGAGGAGCGCCGAGUUGUAUUACUUCAACACUUUGUUAGAGAACGUUUCUAUGCAAUUACUUCAAUAUACGGAUAAUACGCACAUUAUAAAGCAGAUAAUGAAAGCUUUCGUUAACGUAAAUGUUCAGAAUUGCAAAAGGUGUACCUGUGGUAAUCCAUAUUCGAUCAAUGAGUUAGCAGAACCAAAGUUCCUGGGGAUUGGCAGAUCCCUUCUCAAAAAAUUCGUAAAUGAGAACCAAGAACAAUGUAUAAAUUUAUGCAAUAGUGUACCUUACAUGUGGAGGGAAUAUUUACCAGUGUCUGUAGAGCAGAAUGAUGUACUGAUGAGUGAUUCGCUACGUCAGUGCCUUCAGAUCAGAGACAUCAUUGUGCUGUCUAUGCUUCUACCAUCAUUGGAUGGAAAACUCUGGAAUCUUUUAGCAGUAUACACGAAGCAGACUCAGGAAGGACUGUGUCUGUUUUGUGGUAAGUAUAUAAAGUAUGGAAAUAAUGAGACAUCAGAGAUGAUAGAAUGGAGUGCUGUGAUACAUGAAAUUAUGAAGAAGCAGGGACCUGAUUUUGCUAUGACACUAUUAGUUAAGUUAGAGAAGACUAUACCGAACGUUUCUAUUGAUAAAAGCGUAUUCCAGUCGCUCAUAUUUACGAAAAUCUUGCACCAACAUGGAAUGAAACGCACAAUUAACUUCAAUAAGAACAGUCUCGACUCAUCGGAAUAUAAUACAAUGUGUUCAGCAAAGGUUCGAGACGAAUUGGUGGACGUUCUUGAGAAGGACCUAGGUAGAUCGGUUAGCAAUAAUAUUUUUGGUAGCGGGGCUCAUCACUGGGGAAUGCAAUAUCAGAACAAGCUCUCUACGUGCCCCUGCUGCACUCUGUCUCUUCAAACGCCGGUUUUGCUAGGUAACAAUGGAAUAGCGAUAUUCGGUUGCGGUCAUGCUUAUCACGUGAACUGUAUGAUCGAAAAGAAACUUACAACGUGUAAUCUUCAUUCUUAAAUGUAUGCACUUGACGAAAUAAAAGAAGUCUCGUAACAGAACAUUUGGAUAUGUAGGCAGUAGUUUAUAAUGACUUUCAAAUAUUGCUCAUCUAGUCACGAAGAUGAACAUUUUGAUACGUGAUUUCAUAAAGAGAUUCAAAACAAGUAGCAUUGUAAGCGUUCGUACAAAUUUAUUGUCUCUGUACAGAUCUCUCUCGCAGACAAACUUAAUAAAUAAUCAUGCCCAA